GCUGGGAGUGAGCAGGCCCCGCCCCGUUUUAUGCAAAUGUGCCGUGACGUCGACGGAAGCCGCCGCGACGUACGCUUGUUCCGACAUUACUUUAAAGGCGCAUUUGAAAGCCUUGCCUCGCACUUGCAAGUCGCGGGCGGUCGGAGCCUGCGCGAAGUGAGAGCGGACCAGCGGCGCGACAACAGCACGGAGACCGCGGCUUCGGAACGACCCGGCGAGGUACUGAACCACAGCUCGCACGAAAACCGUCUCGACGCCAUUAAUGAAGCUUUCGGACCCUUUUUGAUUCAUCAGCCAACCGAUGGGGAUUUCACGAGGAGCUCCGCCGCCCACCUCUGCCGCCUGCCCGCCCACCGCCACCUGCGGCCUCCCCCUCAACCCCGCACACUCCCUCCAGCCCUCUAUACACAAAAUGACUCUGGAAUUCACCAAGUGGUUUUCUAUAUGGAUUUUUACCCCCUGUAAUAGACAAAAACAAAAGUAAGGCGGGAGCUUGAAACGACCUCGAUGGUCAUUAAGCCAUAAGCUCGCACACAUGCAUACACAUGCACAUACACACGCACGCAUGCACACACCACACAAACGCAUCAAACAAAGAAAAUUGCACAAACUUUGAAUGUUCAGCGUUCUUUCUGUGAAAAUUUAGGGGAUUUACAGCAAAUUGUGGGAAGAUUGUUUUUUUUAUUUUUCUUCUAACCAAGGAGUGCGGAGGCUUUUCAGCAUGGCGGAGUGUCAUUAAGGUGAUAUUUUUUGUAAUUUUCCUUGAUUACCUACAACUGCCUCCAUAGAGAUUAAUGUUAAUGUUUUUUUUUUGUUUUUUUUUUUAAGUACAACACAUUUAGUUUUGUCUAUAAAAGUAUCCAUUUAAUUAUUUGUAAUCAGAUUAAUAGAGAAGGUUUGUCAAAAAUCAUUUAGUUUUAAAAGUGAGCUUGAGUGGGACGCUUUUCGGAUCAGCACUCGUCCCCCCCCUACCCGUGGUGUGCAUGCCCCCGCCCACCAUGCCUCCCCAGAGCACGGGCGCUGACGCCAUGCAGGUGGGAUCACUAGUUGCUGGUGUGGAGACCAAAAACUCCACAGAGGAGAAGAAGGGCGGGGACGCAGACGGUUCAGCGGGAGCGGGGAGCCGCCCCGGCAAAGACGGUAGCGAGGAGUUGGUGAGCGAGGGGUCCAUCGAGGGCAUCCCCCUGAAGAGAUGGGUGAUGCACGGCGCCGUCAUGUUCGGCCGGGAGUUCUGCUACGCAAUGGAGACGGCGCUGGUGACACCUGUGCUGCUACAGAUCGGUCUUCCAGAACAGUACAACAGCUUGACGUGGUUCCUCAGCCCCGUCCUGGGCCUUAUAUUCACCCCGCUGAUCGGCUCAGCCAGCGACCGCUGCUCCCUACGCUGGGGCCGCCGGCGGCCUUUCAUCCUGGCCCUGUGCAUUGGGACGCUGAUUGGAGUGGCGCUCUUCCUGAACGGCUCGCUCAUAGGACUGUCAAUGGGUGAUGUUCCGGGGAGACAAACGAUAGGAAUCAUUCUCACAGUGUUGGGAGUGGUGGUGUUAGAUUUCAGCGCCGAUGCCACGGAGGGGCCGAUCAGAGCGUAUCUUUUGGAUGUGGCCGACGCGGACGACCAGGACAUGGCGCUCAACAUCCACGCCGCCUCGGCAGGUCUUGGCGGUGCGGUGGGCUAUGCUCUGGGCGGUCUGAACUGGACCCACACCUUCCUAGGAGCCAUCUUCAAGUCUCAGGAGCAGAUCCUGUUCUGCUUCGCCUCCAUCUUCUUCUCUGUGUCCGUGGUGCUGCAUCUGCUCAGCAUUGACGAGCAGCGCUACAUCCCCAUACACGACCGACUGGACCGGGAGAGUCCAGAUCCAAACGCCUUGCAUCCUUCAGCCAACAACCACACUGGACGUCUCACCCCGAGGCUCGAAAUGAUCGGCGAGGACGAAUUGAUGGACAGCUUCGACCUUUACGACACCUACAGGGACGAUCUGUCCCAGCCUGGGGACAUGGAGAUGGACUUCCUGGAGGUGGAACUUGUGAGGAGUAAAAGCGACAGCGUCCUCGCCAUGACAGACGCCACCCUGGACCACAUGGACCACGACGCCUUAUUCUUGUGCCACAUCGAGCCGUCUAUCUUCACCGACCGCCUCUCGCCCUAUCACAGCUCCCCUCAGGCGCCCCCGCCCUUCCUGCACGCCGACCCUAGCGUGCCAGCUUCCCGGCCGGCCGCCGUGAGGCGCAGCAGCAGCGCAGGGAGUCAGGAUCUGCUGCGCCCCCAAAGCGGCGGCCACCCCCCGAAACAAGAUGGCACCCCCACCAAGAUUUGCCGCCUGUCGGCAUUCCUGCAGGAGAUGGAGAAUGACGAGGGCCAGGAGGCGUUGCUCAACAACCAGAUGAACGAGCGGCGGGCGCUGAACGGACGCCUGUUGGCGUGCGUUGAUAUGACAAAAACGCACGGCACCAAUGGGCUGAGCAACAAAGGACAGAUGCAUCGGGCCGGAAUGGUCAAAGCUGCCAGUACCGGCGCUCCCAUGCGGCUGUCCCGCCAUCACCACACCUUCUACCGUCAGCCAUCUUGCACCUUCUCCUACUACGGCCGCGUCGGGAGCCACCGCCGCCGCUUCCGGCGGGCCAACGCCGCCUUCCUCAUCAAGCCGUCGCGCAGCAUGAACGACCUGUACGAGGUGGAGGUGCGACACAGGCGCCGGAGCCACCAGCGCGACCGCCACCGCAGCAGCAACACCAACUCGUCCAGCGGCGACGCUGAGAGCGAGGAGGGCGAGGUGGAGACCACCGUGCAGCUGCUGUGGCUGUCCAUGCUGAAAAUGCCGCCCGAGCUGCUGCGCCUGUGCGCCUGUCACCUGCUCACCUGGUUCUCCAUCAUCGCCGAGGCAGUCUUCUUCACCGACUUCAUGGGACAAGUCAUCUACCACGGAGAUCCCAUUGCUCCCGUUAACUCCACCGAUUUGACUAAUUAUCACCGAGGCGUUCAGAUGGGAUGUUGGGGUCUUGUUGUAUACGCCAUGACUGCUGCUACAUGCUCAGCUCUCCUUCAAAAGUACUUGGACAACUUUGACUUGAGCAUCAAGGUCAUAUACAUCCUGGGAACACUUGGCUUCUCCAUAGGAACUGCCAUCAUGGCCAUAUUCCCCAACGUGUACGUUUCUAUGGUGAUGAUCAGCAGCAUGGGCAUCAUCUCCAUGAGUAUCUCCUAUUGUCCAUAUGCCCUGCUGGGACAAUAUCACGAAAUGAAAGAGUACAUCCAUCAUAGUCCUGGGAGUUCCCGUCGGGGAUUUGGCGUGGAUUGUGCCAUCUUGUCCUGCCAAGUGUACAUCAGUCAAAUCAUAGUGGCCUCGGCUUUGGGUUCCGUCGUGGAAGCGGUCGGCAGCGUGCGCGUCAUUCCCGUUGUGGCCUCCGGGGGCUCUCUGCUGGGAUUUUUCACUGCCUGCUUUCUGGUCAUUUAUCCCUCUCACGGCGGGGAGGCAGCAUCGUCCAAAUCGUCAGAAAAACAGACGUUAACCACGUUGACAAAUCCCAAUGAAAGAGUGCAGGAAAAAAACAGCUUCUUGAAACUCAACAAGGCUGGAAAAGCCACCACCGCUGCUGCCGCUGCCGCCGCCAAUACUUCCUGUCACAUGGAGAAUGAAUCCGUCCUGUGAUUGACCGCAAGGAAAGCAACGGCGCAAUCGUCAUCAUGAAUUUUGCUCCGGGAUAACUCCGUCCCUUUCCCAUUGUGAGUACCCGGCAGGUUUAAAAAAAAAAAAAAAAUUAAAUUGGGGGCAUAUUGCCGGUCUGCCUCUCAGGGCCUCUAAGGGACGAUACCUGGACAGGAAACCUCAGGGGGACUGUUCACACACGCAGACGCACUCACACUCACACACACACACACACACACACACACACAUGUAGACACAAAUGUUUCUGACCACCUCGAAGGUGCAAUCGUUGACAUAAAAAAUGUCGUUCUUCCUCGCCGCGGACGGAAAUGUUUUGUCCUUGUCGAAGCUUUAUGACUCUUUAGGAACUUUCAUACUUGAAAACAAGAGCCCGAAGCCUGCUUGUGGGUCAAACACAAAAGAAACAAGAUUGCGAAUAAUAACGGCUGCCCCAAAAUUGACUGCAAAGGAUCUUUAAAUCUUGUCAUUCCGGGACAACAGAAGACCAUCAUGGAGCUGGCUGUAUAUUAAGAGAUCCUUGAUUGACCCCGGGAGGGGAAAAUCGGGUAGAAAAGUGAAAUUCCACAAUAGAACAUCUGAAAAAAUAUAUAUACAUCGCAUAUACUGGGCAUUAUUAUCCCAAAUUUUUCCUUGCAUGAUCUUUUGAGAUAAUCUGACAAAAUGCUGCAUGUUAGCAGAUGAGUUUUCCCUCACUUUUCUGCUGCUUGUGAGCUUUUAUGACAUGCGGGUGGCACAAAAGCUCUUACUAAUAACUAACUGCACAUCAGCUGAGCCGCAUCAGCGGAAAAAAAUGUUAUUAAUGAGCCUUUCUGAGAUGUUUAUGAAGUCACGCAUUGCUGGUUUUCUACUGGAAGAAAAAAAAAAAAAAAAGUACCCCACACCCAAAAAUAGAGGAAAUGAGAAUAUUGUCGCCGUAGAAAAACAUCUACAAAUGUUUUGAACAUUUUACGACAAUUGAUCUAUGAUUUAUAAUUCAUUAUCCCAUAUGAAUAUUUUGGUGUAUUUUUUUCUAAAUCCAAAAUGCUUUUUUUUAAAAAAUAUAUUCAUCAUAUAAAUUAAACUUUUUUUUUUCAAAUGUUUGCAGAAAACCACAAUAUACAUUUUUUAUUUUAAAUUUCUGAUUACAAACGCUCCCAUAAUUUUGAGAUAUAUUUUCACAGAAUUUUUUUUACCUUUUCUGUCCCAAUAGCCAACUUACAACAUAAGUAUUUGGUUUUAUUCACGAUUUCAUUUUGUUUUUCAUACUCAAAAACAAAUCAGGAAAAACACAAUAGAAAAAAAAUAACAACAAUACAAAAAAAAACAUGAUUUUUAGUUCUCAAUUCUAUUCACCUUUUACAAAGGUACAUGGUGGCUUUUUUUUUUUUAAAUAUUUGGAUAAAAACAAAAGAUCAUCAGAAAAAAAAUGCAAAAUUUUUCUAAUUAAAAACAAAAAAAACUUUUUUUACAGCGACAAUAUGAGAAUUUAGAUUGAAAGUGUUGAAAAACAUUUUUGGGGACUACAAUGUCUAAUGUGAGCGUUUUUAAAACGUUGCGGUGGUUGUUUUUUGGUAUUUUCUUUGUGACCAAUCAGAUCAGACGAGAGAGAAACAAUGCAAGUUAUUUGAAAGCCUUUGAAUUUUUCGGGGGCGCUAUUUGCGACGUCAAGGUAUUUUCUGAGGUUUUUCCCCAUAAGGAGCGUAAAUGUGCUCUUGUUGUGGUACUUCAAAAGUGAUUCUUAUACAGUUGUUAGUGAGAGGGGGGGACAUGUUUCCUUUCAAAGCUUUUUUUUUUUUUUUUUUAAUCACAAGGGGCAAUAAAUAUUCAGCAAAUAAAACAUAAAAAAACAAAGGAGCUGCACCAAGGCAGAAAUAUUUUUAUUAGUAAAUUCUGCCUCUUUUGUGUAUUGUGUAUGCUAACUAACAACAACAAAUUUUAGAUGGAGGUUUUUAUUACGUAUGCAUGAACGCGACACCAAAGGUUGUUUUUUUUUUUUUUGUCGUUUGGGUUUUUUGUUUCAUAAAGUAUGUCCAACGCUUGGCUGCUGCAUACAGUUUUGUAUCAGUGAGUAUAAGGGGCACACUGGAAAGAAAAAAUAUUGCAAAAACUGCCAAAAAAAAAACCAAAAAGACUCAAUGUUGUCAGGAUACAACUAUUAAAAUUGUAAAAAAAAAUAAUAAUUAACACUCAGAAUAACAUGAGUAGGAAUUUCUUUGUCAUUAACUUUAUUCCUCCAUUUUUUAGCAAUAUUUUUUUCAUAUUAUCUUUGUAGUAUUCUGAUAAUUCUAUUUUUUUGCUUAUUUUCAUAAAUUACUUAUUCCUCAGAAUAUAUAUUUUUUUCCAAUUAAAGAGUUAAAGCUUUUUUGUAAUCUUUUCUGAAAAUUUUUACAUUUUAUCUCACGAUCAAUUGUAAAUUGAAUUUUUUUUCACAAAUUACAUCUUGUCAUUGCAUAAUAGCAAUACAUGAUUAUCAUAAAAUUAAAUAACACAUAAAAGUAACAUUUGGUUUAUAUAGCAUCAUUAUAGUGAAACUAAAAAAAUCUUAUUUUAAAUUUUUUUUGUUCUUAAUUUUCCCUAAAAUACUUUUUUUUUUUUUUUGGGGGGGGGUAAAAUUUCACCUUUUGCUCGUCCCUAUAUUUGUGAACCCAAGUAAUCUUUUGUCUCCUAAUAUUACUUUUUCCCCCUUUUUAGUUUUAAAUAUUCUCAUUUUGAAAUGACUUCAUUGUGGUUGUAAUAUUACAAUGCCUUUUUUUCCCCUAAUUAUUUUAAAUUUACCCCCAUAGAACUUACUAAUUACACUUUUCCUGGUGUAGUAUUUUUUUUUUUUUUUUUUUUUUUUUUUUCUUCAGUGUGUC